AUGUCGUUGAGACUAAGACUGGCAAGAUGGGGCGCCCGUCGCCAUCCAUUCUACGGCAUAGUGAUUGCUCACGCCCGGGCUGCUCGCGACAAGAAACCGCUCGAAGUAUUAGGCACAUACACUCCAAUUCCAGACAAGCUCGGUGUCAAACAUAUAGAACUAGAUACAAAAAGAGUCAAAUACUGGCUAGCUGUAGGUGGCCAGCCGUCGGAACGUGUCGCUUGGCUACUUGCAAAGGCUGGAAUCAUACCGCAUCAUCCACAAUAUCUUCACAAUCGCGGUGCCUAUGUCCUCGACGACGAGAAGACUUGGGAUUUAGCAGUCAGAGACAAAGAAACUGGAAAAGUACUAGCUACCAUGUCUGCGGAUGAAGCUAGAUCCCAUUUCGGUAAACUAGAUUCCAUACCUGAAUGGCUAGACGACGAAAAACCUGUAGAUACCUUCAGAAUCCCUUACGACCAAAUCAAACUCGAUGGCGUUAUACCCAAAAAAGAAUUGCUGAACGAAGAGAGGCUCUUGACUCUGCGUACGUAUCUGGGCAUUGUAUAA